AUGGGAACUCUCAUGCACCCUAAUUCAAAAUUAGAAAAGGGAGAAAAUGAGAAAGAUGUUGAUGAGACUAGGUAUAGAGGAAUGAUUGGAUCUCUCAUGUACCUUACUUCCUCUAGACCUGAUAUUGUUCAAAGUGUUGGAAUGUGUUCUAGAUUUCAACCAAAACCAAAAGAAUCACAUCUUUCAUCAGUUAAAAGGAUCAUUAGAUAUGUUCAUAGCACAUCCAGUUUUGGUCUAUGGUAUCCUAAGAUUGAUGAUUUUUCUGCAGUUGGUUAUUGUGGUGCAGAUUUUGUUGGAGAUAGAAUUGAUAGAAGGAGCACAUCAGUUUCCAACCCUCUGGCUUUUCUCCUCAUAAAGCCUUCCACUAACCCUUCGGCUCCUUCUCCCACUACCAUUAGUGCUCCUCUUCAUUCAAAACCUGGGUUCACACAAAUGAGGAAGAAAAUAAUUCUUCAAAAUUCUCCUCGUGAAAAAGUUCUCAAGCUUCCUCGUGAAUAA